AUGGAAGUUUUCAGGGAGGUGGUCCAUGCCGCCGAAAACUUCCUGUGGGGCAGCGGAGAAACCAGUAUGGAGAAUGGAGAAGAGCCUGUGCCUGGCAUUCAGGGGAAAGGCACAUCGGCAGAUCCAUAUGACGCUGGUAAUGCACCAAAAGGUGUCGCCGUCGAACAUGCGAUAGAUGACCCUGUGCGGGAUGGAAAAGCACAACAAGAAGAAAACAAGGGACUUAUCUCAGGUGGCCUAGUCCCUGGCAGUGGCAGCAGUACAGCUCCCGCUGGCGGUCAGGUCCAGGCAGCGGGUUUACAAAAACUGAAAACAAUUGUCCCAAAAAAAGAAUCCACUCUACAAGCAACUGUAUCUGAGACGAGAAUGCAAUCCACCAGCUCUCAACCCGGUGCCUCGUCUGGAAGUCCAAGCACUCCCGCUGGUUCCCUUGGAACUCCAGUGUCGCAAGUUGGCACCACUUCACCACCCCCACCACCCUCCGGUGGCAAUGGGAGCGGAACAACAUCAAUGGGAGCAGCCUCAUUACCACAAGGGCCUCCAGCGCCGGGAGAUGUUAGCCGUGGUUCCAAAAAUGGAACGUCCUACCACAUGCACAGCACGGGGUAUGCAGCUGAGGGGGGUGAUUUUGAUGCGAAGGAACCGGGGGCAGGCAAGGAGGCUGACAGACUGAUGGCAGAACACAACCAACAAGAUACUCGUCGCAAGGGGUAUGCCGCUGUGGAAGGAUCUCCUGGAAAUGAUGAGAGUUCCAGUAAGAAAAAUACAUCGCACCAUUUUCCACUAAAAAAUAAAAUGCAUAUUUGGAAACAUCGUUCGUAG